CUAAUUUUGUAGCUAGCUCGCGAGGACGAGCUAACGACUGUAAAAGGAAAAGAAAUGGCUAGCAUGAGAUAUUUUGAAUGAUAGUAUGUCGUCUCGUUUACACACUUAGUUUUCAAGAAGCAGGUCGACCCGAUCAUGUAAGCUCAUGUCUUGACGCUGUCCGACUGUCCGUGUUAGUGUAGCUUUGUCACAGUAACAGUUUCUUUACCUGGCAGCUAGUCAGGUUAGCAGGCGUUAGCUCUGCUCGUUGACACUGAGGGAAGAAGAGAGUGGCAAGCAAUGAUGUUUGGGCGAUUACGCCGACAUCUUCGGAUAUCCCCAGUUUUGGUCACCUUUAUUCUGUUCGUCUUGUUGGCUGAGCAGUUGGUGAAAGCGUCAUCGGAAUAUGAUCCCUACAAGGUCCUCGGUGUCAGCAGGAGUGCCAGUCAAGCAGAAAUAAAAAAGGCGUACAAGCAUCUUGCCAGGGAAUGGCAUCCAGAUAAGAACAAGGAUCCUGGAGCUGAGGACAUGUUUAUCAAGAUUUCAAAGUCUUAUGAGAUUCUGUCCAACGAGGAGCGAAGGGCCAACUUUGACCGCUAUGGCCAGAUGGAUGAAAACCAGCCAUUUGGCCAGUCACAGCACCAGGGCUUCCGCAGCUUCCACAACAGCUUCUACUUUGAUGAGUCUUUCUUCCACUUCCCCAGGUCCAGGGACUUUGCAGACAGCAAGUACCUGCUGCACCACGCACAGUACAACAGUGUUGUGCUGCCAGACAGCCACAGGAGGCCCUAUCUAAUUAAGGUGACCUCUGAGUGGUGCUUUGCAUGCAUCCACAUUGAACCUGUGUGGAGGGAGACGGUGCAGGAGCUGGAGCCACUGGGUGUUGGCAUCGGCAUCGUGGACCUGGGCUAUGAACGACGACUGGCCAGCCAGCUGGGGGCCCACCGCGCUCCCUCCAUCAUUGGGCUAGUCAAUGGCAGGGUGACCUUCUUCCACCAGGCUGUUGUACGGGAGCACCUGCGACAGUUUGUUGAAGAUCUGCUGCCCCAGAGGCUGGUGGAAAAGGUAACAGAUAACAACUACCUGCCUUUUCUGAGUAACUGGCAUGUGGAGAAUAAGCCUAGUGUCCUCCUGUUUGACCAAGUACCUGUGGUUCCCCUGCUCUACAAGUUGACUGCCUUUGCCUUCAAAGAUUAUGUGCGUUUUGGCUACGUGGACCAGGGUGAAACAUCAAGCACUCAGCUACUGCGGCAGUUCAACAUUAACACAUACGCCCCCACCAUGCUGCUGUUCAAGGAGAACACAGAAAAGCCUGCUGACAUCAUCCAGGCCAGAGGGAUGAAGCGACAAAUCAUGGAUGAGUUUGUAUCCAACAACAAGUUCCUGCAGGUGCCGCGGCUGGUCAAUCAGCAGCUUUUUGAUGAACUGUGUCCCAUCAAGCAGUUCCACCGUCGAAGAAAGUACUGUGUGCUGCUGAUCACAGGCGAGGAUCAAGCCUUUGUUCCAGGCAACAAGGCCUUCCUGGACUUCGCCUCUGCCAACUCCAAAGACGUGCUGCGGUUCGCCUACGUCUACCAGCGCCAGCAGCUGCCCCUCUGUCAGGCACUGUUCCACAACCAGGCCACACUCUCACCUCAGGUGGUGAUUCUGGAGAGACGGAGCCAAGCCGGCAAGGUCCUUUACCGCUCUGUGACUGGCGGCUGGAACGGCAGCGAAGAGGAUAAGCACCAUCUCCACGAACAGCUGGAGCUCCUGCAGAAAGACCCUGCGUACCUGAGCUCAGACACCACCCUGCCAGAGCUCAACAAUGAGAUGGCCCCUAUGUUUCUCAUUCAGUGGAUGAACGCUGCUUAUGAUUACAUCCUUCAAUUAUAUGACGAUUUUCUUUACUCAAACUGGCGAGAGAUGAUGCCCAUCCUGUCGCUGAUCUUCUCAGCUCUCUUCAUCCUCUUCGGCACUGUCAUCAUUCAGGCCUUCAGUGAGUCCGAGGCAGACAAGCCCCAGAAACAAAAACCAAAGGAAGCACCAAAAACUGAGGAUGAAGCGUCCAGUAGAGCCAGUACCUCAAGCCGUCCUCCUAAGAAGGAUUUUGUCGAGGUGACAGAGCUGACGGACAUCACCUACACCAGUAACUUGGUCAAGCUGAGGCCUGGCCACAUCAAUGUUGUCCUGGUGCUCACCGAUUCCUCUAAGAAUGCCUUGCUCAGAAAGUUUGCAAAGGAGGUUUUCUCUUUCUCCGGGACUCAGACCCUCCACUUCUCCUUCCUCAAUGCUGAUAAGCACUCUCACUGGAUGCCCUCACUCCUGGCCUCAACCCCGGACGCUGCACAGAACCUGGGCCUUUCAGAUGAUGAUGAGGAGUCCUCGGACUAUACCGGCCAUGUCCUGGCCCUAAAUGGCUACAAGAAGUACUUUUGCCUCUUCAGGCCAGUCUUCACUGGGGACGAUCCCAGUGAUGCCUCAUUUUCCUCUGACGCUUCGUUGUCCUCUGCCAGCAGGAGAAAGUCACGCUCUAGGUCCCGGUCCCAGUCUCGAUCCCGGUCCCAUUCCAGGGAAGAUGGGGCCGGCUCGAAGAGAAGCUCAACCAGGGCCACCAGCCUAGAGGUCCACCACAAGCUUGACAGGCUGGGACUGUGGAUGGAGAGGCUGAUGGAGGGCACGCUGCCUAGGUUGCGUGUCCCUGCCUGGCCUUCGCUUGAUGCAACCAUGAACACCUCCACGGAGAGCUGAGGGGAGUGCCACAAGCGUGUGAAAGGGAAAGGGAGAGGUAGCAGUUGUGGUCCUGCUUCCUGAGUAGCUCUUUGGUAAGAAAUCUGCAGUGCAGCUUGACAGUUUUUAAAUGGUUUCCUACGUUCUCUGCCACACACUUGAACGUAUGACAUUAAACUGUAGACAUCUUGAGUUGCAGGAUGUCUGUUUCUCUUUAAGUUAACUUAGAGCAGAUUGAAGAUUGAUGGCUUAGGAAAGAACGCUACCACAGACUUUUAAGAUGCACCUUAGAUCUAAAGGUAGAUCCCCACCUGAUACUUGGUACUUUUCCCUUUUCCUGGCACGCACUAGCUUAAAUAUCAUCUUUAUUUGAAAUAUUGGCAGAAGGAUUUCUAAACGAUGGAGCUUUCUAAGUUAUGUUUCUUUCAUAUACUGUAAGGCUCAGGCUUGUCUAAGACUAACAUGAAGCUAAUGAAGCUAAGACUGUUAAACAGCUUUUGGAGCCAGCCAUGACUUUGUCCUAUAGUGUCAUAACCUUUUCAUGGAAAAUUCUGAAAAUAUCAGAUCUUGCCAUCGGCUUUCACAGGAAGAGGAUUACUAGCAUAAAAGGUGUGGAAACUGAACACAUUGCACUGACUAUAUAGGUAAAAUUUUUGUUUUUGUAAAUUCCAAGGACCCUAUUCAAUCAUACUUGGUUAUUGAUCGAUCUUGUUAUUAUAUAUUGUUAUUAUAUUUCUUUUUGCAUCGCAAGCAUGAAGGCAUAUAUUAAAACAUAAUAAGCAGCAAUAUAUAGCCUAACUUAUAUAAUUACAUUCAGUGUAAUAUACAUUUACACUAUAAUUAUUUUAAAGUUAUAUGAAAUUCCUUUUCACAAAAUGCUGUUGAUGAGUUGUGAUUGAAUAGGGUUCUUCUGUCAUGUUUUCUAGUGCUGCUGUGGCCUAGUUGUCAUACGCAAUGUGGCAAUUUUUGGCUGUUUUGUUUGGGAUUUAAGCAUGUGUAUUGCCUUGUUUGAAAUUCAAUAAGGUCAAAUACAGGUUUGAGAAGUGACAUCCAGAACUUGGAAAUUUGCCUUUAUAUAUAUGUUCAGUUUGUUUUUUUGUUUGUGGCUGAAUUCACUUUUUAAUUCAGUGUCUACUGUCUAAAUCAGGGAUAAAUGAUGGAUAAAUUGUACCAUGGUCCUGUUGCCCUUUUAAGUCUCUGCCCUUAAAACACUGUAAAUGUUAUUGCAUGGAAUAAGUAGACCUAAAUUCACUAAUAGGUGUAUAGUUAAAUUACACUGGCAGCUUUACUAUUUCUUCCCAAAUUAUGUGCUUGCAAAAAUGCCCCCCUUUAUUUUUCAAAUUUAAUGAUUUGCUGCUCACUAAGUUACAUUUGCAGUACACUAAAACUUAUACACUAUAACUUUAACAAUCAGUCGGUUUGUGUGUCAUUUGAAUGUCAUUUUUAUCUGUAUCCCAUUGUUGAAGAGAGAGUGCAACUGUUGUGAGAAGAAACUGUUCCUAAAACACAGUUUAUUUAUGAAAGUAUGUAGAUAAGCAGUUGCUUUGGUAUUUAUUUCAUUUCGCCUCCAUGCUUCUUAAAACUAAUAAAUAUUUUUUAGUCUACAAC